AUGAGUACCAGAGAAGUAACAGAUGACCGCUAUAUUGAUGAUCCAAUUCGGACAAGUAAAAAGCCACCCUUCAAAGUAAAGCCACCAUCUUAUGUGAACAUAUCCAGAUCUAUAAAUGGGUAUACAUCAUCUUUAACACAAUACGAUAGCAGAAAACGAGAGAGUCGCUCUAGGGAUUGCAGUCCAAUCAGUGUACGCACAAUUAAUAGUGAUAUGGACGAGCAAAGUUUUAUGACUAAAUGUACAACUACUGAUACAGUUGAUUAUAGAACUGAGUCGCCAAAUUCAAUAAUUGUUAAUACAAUUCAAAGACUUUAUGGUUCUAGUGUUAAAGUAUCACCUAAGGAAAAAAAAUUAAAUAAUCACAUUCCUACUUCUACUGUAAUACAAAGUGAACAUGCUGAUUUGCCUGUUUUAAAGUUGCUCAACCCGCAGUUCCGUGCAAAAUUGGCAAUAAAUACAACGCAUUUACCACCCAAGAAAACCAAACCUACACCAAUUAUUACUAAUGGUAGUGAUGUAGAAAUUCAUGGGGGCAAUUACUUUAUUAAUUUAGUAAAUAUAGAAUGUGAUUUGAUAAAAAAAUUAAUAUCACAGGUAGAAUGCUUGUUACCAAUUGCUCCUGAAUAUGGCCAAGCUCGAAUUCAAGCAAUUGUUGGUAAAUCAAACCUGUUAAUGUCCAAAAAAAUUAAACAGUUCCUUGGUUUAUGUGAAAACAACAUAUCCUGUGCACUUGAUGAUGUAUCCAGACCCAAAAAUAACGAUUUAGAAGGAUUUUGGGAUAUGGUCAAGAUUCAAGUUGAUCAAGUUAAAACUGAAAUGCAAAAUAUUGUUGAACUUAAUAAUAAAGGUUGGCCUGAAAAUGAAGAAGAAAACAACAAAGUGACACCUAUUAAUACUAUUAAAGUAAAAACGAAAAUGAAAAAACCAGUUAUUUCAAAUUCAAAAUAUGACGCAGCUAGAAGAAAAGCAAUUGAAGAACAACGCAAGGCAAUGAAAAACUUAAAAAGUGAUGAUAUUAUAUUUUUUUAA